CCAUUCGGUCGCUAUAGGUCUUGAUUCUCUAUUGUUCUUCACCAAUUAUUAUGAGUUGGAAUUGGAGAUGCCAAUAGUACACAACCUUAUCACACACCAAGAAAUAAUGCAAAAGGAAAGAAAACAGGGCAAAAACAGAGCCAUACCUUCAUUCUCAUUGUAACAUGAUGACUUAAUUAAUAGCCUCUUCCUCAGGAAACAACAUAUUCCCCUGUUUUCUGUCCAAACUCCAAAGCCCACUACCCACACUGUCCUCUGGCUUUUUUUUUUGGCUUUGCCUUCACGAGCACUGGAAACUGGACCACCCACUUCCAUUUCCAGCCAAAAAAACACCUUACCCCGUCCUUUCCUUUCUAUCUCCCCUCCUCGUGAGCUCACUAAUGGCUUCCUCCUCCCUCCUUCCCAAACCCAACUCCAGCCGCUGAACUCCUUCCGCACCAUUUCCAUCAAUGGCUUCACACCACCAUCCACUCCUCUUCCCCAUUCUAGCCCUGCUAACCCUCUUCACCCCCACCUUGGCGGCCGCCAUUGACGAGGCGGCCAUCCCGCUGCUGGACGAAGUGUUCGGCCUAAUCGCGUUCAAAUCCGACCUCAUCGACCCAUCCUCCCACCUCUCGUCAUGGAACCAGGACGACGACUCGCCUUGCUCGUGGCGGUACAUCGCCUGCAACCCUGCCACCCGCCGCGUCUCCUCCAUCUCCCUCGAUUCCCUGUCACUCUCCGGCAAGCUCGGCCGCGGCCUCCGGAAGCUGACCCACCUGAAAUCGCUCUCGCUCUCCAACAACAACAUCUCCGGUUCCAUCCCUCCUUCGCUCGGAUUCCCUUCUCUCCAGUCCCUCAAUCUCUCCCGCAACUCGCUCUCCGGCGCCGUUCCGGCCUCGUUUCUCGACCUGGACUCGUUGAAGUUCCUGGACCUUUCGCACAAUUUGCUCUCCGGCCCUCUUCCGGAGGACUUGUUCAGGAACUGCUCGUCUCUCCGUUGGAUCUCCCUGUCCGGGAACUCGCUCGAGGGUUCCAUUCCGUCGACAUUGUACGGGUGCUCUGCUCUCAACACGGUGGUUUUGUCGAGGAACCGAUUCUCCGGAUCGCCGGAUUUUACUUCCGGGAUUUGGUCUCUUUCCCGGCUUCGGACUCUGGAUCUUUCCGGCAAUUCGUUCUCCGGGUCGGUCCCGGAAGGCGUGUACAGGCUGCGUAACUUGAAGGAGAUUCGAUUGCAGGGGAAUGGUUUCGCCGGGACGAUUCCUUGGGAUUUGGGGCUCUGCCCGCACCUGAAUCGGCUUGAUUUUGGUGAUAAUGCGUUCACCGGUCCGAUUCCGGAGUAUCUCCUGAGGCUCGGAUCUCUCUCCCAUCUCAGCUUCUCAAACAACCUGCUCACCGGCAAUCUCCCUGACCGAAUCAGCGAGCUGACGAAGCUCGAGUUUCUCGACCUUUCCCACAAUGGCCUCACCGGCGGCAUUCCGAGCUCAAUCGUCUCCUGCAGCGGGCUCUCCGUGAUUAGGCUGCGAGGUAACAACUUCAACGGCACCAUACCUGAUCAAAUGUUCACCAAUCUCGGCAGCCUGGUGGAAGUGGACUUCUCCGGCAACCAACUAGUGGGAGCCCUGCCGCCGGCUUCCCCUGCAUUCUUCAACUCCAUUCAGAUUCUGGAUCUAUCCGGCAACCAACUCACCGGACACAUCCCGGCGGGGAAUGGACUAAUCUCCUCCGGCUUGAAACACUUGAACUUGUCCUGGAACGACCUCCAUUCAACUCUCCCUCCUGAGCUUGGCUACUUGCAGAACCUCGAGGUUCUGGAUUUGAGAUACAGCACGGUUCAUGGCUCCAUCCCUGCAGAUUUAUGCGAAUCGGGGAAGCUCGCCAUUUUGCAACUAGACGGAAAUUCCCUCUCCGGUCCCAUUCCUGAAGAAAUCGGAAACUGCUCUUCUCUCUACUUGCUGAGCUUGUCCCACAAUAACCUGACCGGUUCAGUCCCAAGCUCCAUCUCCAAGCUAAGCAAGCUCGAAUUCUUGAAAUUGGAGUUCAAUUCGUUGACCGGAGAACUUCCCAUGGAGCUCGGAGCACUGGAAAAUCUCCUCGCCGUCAACGUAUCUCACAACCAGCUCGUCGGCCGGCUUCCCGCAGCCGGAAUUUUCCCCAGCCUAGACGCCAGCGCGCUGCAGGGCAACUUAGGGAUCUGCUCCCCAUUGCUGAAGGGACCCUGCAAGUUGGACGUCCCCAAGCCGCUCGUCCUCGACCCUUUCGCCAACGCCGGAGACCCGACCCGGACCCGCAACAGAAACCCGGAAUCACCCGCUUCUUCUUCCAGCGGUCACCGUAUGUUCCUCACCGCCUCGGCCAUCAUAGCCAUCUCCGCCGCCGCGUUCAUCAUCGUCGGAGUCGUCGUGGUCACCCUACUCAACGCCUCGGCCAGGAAGCGGCUCGCGUUUGUGGAGCACGCGCUGGAGAGCAUGUGCUCCAGCUCGGUCUCCAAAUCGUCCGGCAACCUCGCCGGCAGCAGGCUCGUCCUGUUCGAUUCCAAAUCGUCGUCGUCGUUGAUUCGCCGACAUCUGACCGACGACGAGACCAACAACCCGGAGUCGCUGCUCAGCAAAGCGGCGGAGAUCGGGGAAGGCGAGCUGGGAACGGUCUACAAACUCCCCCUCGGUUCAACCGGACGAACCGUCGCGGUCAAGAAGCUCGACGGGUCGAAAAUCGUCCAGUUCGCCGACGAUUUCGACAGAGAAGUCAGACUUCUCGGGAAGGUGAAGCACCAGAAUCUACUUUCCCUAAAAGGAUUCUACUGGACGCCGCGAUUGCAACUUCUGAUAGCAGAGUACGCCCCCAACGGCAGCUUGCAGGGGAAGCUCCACGAACGGGGACCGUCCACCCCGGCGCUGACUUGGGCCGAGAGGUUUAAGAUUUUAUCCGGAACGGCCCAUGGGCUGGCCCAUUUACACCACGGGUUCCGCCCUCCAAUAAUCCACUACAACGUCAAGCCCAGCAACGUUUUACUAGACGCGGAUAUGAACCCGAAGGUGUCCGACUACGGGCUGACGAGGCUGCUGACUCAGCGGGAGGAGAGCCACGUCGUCGUCGGGUACGCGGCCCCCGAGGUGGCGUGCCGGAGCCUGAGGGUGAGCGAGAAGUGUGACGUGUACGGGUACGGCGUCGUGGCGCUGGAGGUGGUGACGGGGCGGCGGCCGGUGGAGUACGGAGAAGACAGCGUGGUGAUACUGAGCGAUCACGUGAGGGGAUUGCUGGAGGAAGGGAACAACGUGCUGGAGUGCGUGGAUCCGGCGAUGGGAGGGAGCUGGCCGGAGGAGGAGGUUCUGCCGGUGCUGAAGCUGGCGCUGGUCUGUACUUCGCACGUGCCUUCUAGCCGGCCGUCGAUGGCGGAGGUUGUGCAGAUCUUGCAAGUCAUCAGGACUCCAAUUCCGUAGGCCCGACGAUGAUGACUGUAAUUUUUUUUCCUUUUUGGUCUUGGUAUUGUUUAAUUUCUUUUCUCUCCGUUUUUUCAAUGUGUUUAUCAAAUUAGUUGCAUUAGAGGAACUGUUGAAGGCGCAGUUGUUACUUUUGACAUUACCGAUGAAAUAUGACGAAUGAGGAGCUAUCGUACAAUAAUCGUAACUCUUAAGUGCUUGAUAACGUACUUACUUACUUACGUGUCAAAGAUUAAUAGCGUUCUUAUCAUAAU